CAGUCUCCUAAGGAAGAUCCGGUGCUGGGACGGGACAGGCGCGCAGUGUGGUUAAAGGAAGAAUUUUCUGCACUGCUGUCAUCUCCCCCACUCUGACCUACAGAUCCUCUUGAUGUGAGGAAGUUGGUGAGAAUCUUGGUUCUGUGAAUUCGCUCUCUGUAUUGUUGAACAGGAAACGAGGGAGUGAGCAGAAGGCAAGUUGAGACCAGCUUUAGUCACCAACACACGCAGCCAGAAACAGGUUCCCUGCGUCGCUCCUGCCACGGCAGGCAUAGGGUGGCUGCAAGCUGCUCUCAAGCAGUCGGCAAAGCUGGCACCAGCGUGCCACGGAAAUGCAGAAAAUGGAAACUGGUGCGACGUAGCUGGAGAGGAGCUAGCAAGAUGUGAGCCUGCAGGCGGAGGAAACAGGAACCGUUCACAGGAAGUAGCUCCAAGGUGCAGGGAUUCCUCAGCCAGACAUGGAACCAGCCGGCGCUCUGGAGGAUGUGUGCGUCCUAGUGGAGUACGAGUUUGAGUACGUGGCUAAGGACGGGACGCUCAUUUCCAUAAAGCCCAAUGAGCGGUACGUCCUGUUGAGAAGAACAAAUGAUCACUGGUGGCAUGUUAAAAAAAGCAAGGACGCCCGGCCGUUCUACAUCCCGGCAAAGUACGUGAAGGAGCUGCCCCCAGUCAGCCGGCCAACCAGUGUGUUUGAGCUUCCUCCAGAGACCCCUGGAGAGCUGGUCUCCAGGGAUGCCAUGGAGACAACUGUCCUACAGCCAGCCAGGGCUGGCCAAGACCAGCCUUUGGCAUACGAGUACAAAUUCCUGAGCACUGCUCAGCAGGAAGAGCAGCACAAAGUGGAUGCCAAUGAACGCGACACUGACUUGGGGGCUAGGUCCCUGUGCUCAGGGUCUGGAACUUUGGGGCCCGCUUGCAAAGACACCAGCUUCAAAGGCGAGACCCUGACUCGAGCUGUAGGAGAGGGGAAAGACUCCCCUCCGGUGCUGAGCUCAUUUCACAACCCUCACUGUGCAAAGAGGAGCAGUCACUCUCCGGCGCUGCGCAUCACCCCCAUCGAGCACAUGCGCCCGACGCAGUCCCUGGAGGACCUGGCCAGGGUCACCCCCAACCCCCGACUUAGUGUUGGGCACAUGGGGUCACGCAGGGCGGGGACCGCAGUGGGCUCUUUGCUUUCCCUGCAGCCUCUCAGCAAGAGCCAAUCUGAGGACAUUUAUGAAUCCAUCAAGGACCUGGAGAGACAGGAGAAGGCAGGUCCGUGGGCAGAGUCCAGCCGACCAGCUCAGGCCUGCCAGGAGGAGGAGAACCCCACCCCGGUGUAUGUGAACAUACAGGAGCUCCGGCAGCUAUCAGCAGUCACUGACCCCUCCCCGCCCCAGCGCUGCCCUAGCAGCGUCCUCGCGGACUGGGAGACCCAUACGGACACGGGCAGCGGGCACUUGUUCUACUACAACUCAGUGACGGGCGAGACCACCUGGGAUUCCCCGUUCGGGUGCCCAGAAGAUGGAGUGAGUCCUGCUCCCUCUCCCUCGCCGUCUCUUGUCCCAUGCCCCGCGGUGGCCGAAUGGGGCCAGUAUGUGGAUGACGCCAGCGGCCAGGUGUUUUUCUAUAAUUCAGUAACGGGUGAGACAUCGUGGGAACCGCCCCCAGCUACAGACGAGCCCAGCACUCAGGAGAUGCAGCCCGCAAUUGCACAGUACAGACCCAUGGACCAGCGGCCGCCAACUCCAGAAACGGACUAUCCGGAUCUGUCCCCCGAGGAGCUGGACGGUUACCCGGAGGAGGACUAUUCCCCGGUGGGGUCCUACGAGCAGAGCACCUACCCUUACCUUCUGCCGGGGAGAUCCCCCAGGCACUCAGCGGAGCUGAGCCCCUCUCCGGGCUGGUGCAGCCAGAACAACCCCGAGGGGCAAGCCUUCUACCCUGACCAUUUCACUUCGGACACGGUCUCUGUGCCAGGAGGUCACCGGAGAGCGAGCAGCGGGUCCAGCCAGGACAGCAGCCCCUUUGCCAGCUGGCACAACUGCAUGCCAGCGAUCCUCAUCCAGAAAGAGGAGAAGUUCAAAAGCCUGGACAAGGCUGGAGUUCUUUACCGGACAAAAACAGUUGAUAAAGGAAAGCGAUUACGGAAGAACUGGAGCUCGUCCUGGACCGUCCUGGAGGGGGGCAUCUUGACCUUCUUUUUUAAGGAGUCAAAACAUUUGUCCUCCAGCAGCUUGAAACACCCUGCCAUGCUGACCACACCCGAGCAUACUGUGGAUCUGCGGGGGGCUGCCGUGUCCUGGGCUCCCAAAGAGAAAUCCAGCAAGAAGAACGUUCUGGAGCUGAAGACUCACGAUGGUUCUGAGUUCUUGAUCCAGCACGACUCUGAGCCCAUUGUGGCCACGUGGCAGAAGGUGAUCGCUGACAGCAUCAGCAAGCUGUCAACAGAAUUUCCUACUCAUGACGAGAACGGAAAUGUUGGGGAAUUUGGAGCCAAGGAGAGACUAGGAAACAACAAAGAUGAAGAUAAAAAGAAUCCAGGGGCCUCUCCGGGUCUCGCGGUGAAACGCUCUCCCUUGUCUCCCGCAGCCUCCGGGCCGGCGGUCAGUAGCCUGGGCUCCGAGAGCGACACCAGCAAAGUUCGGAACAAGUUGCGAAAGCUCCUCCAGAAACGGCCCCCUCUGCAGUUCCUGCGGGAGCGAGGGUACAUUAAAGACCAAGUGUUUGGCUGCUCCUUGCAAGCGCUGUGCGAGCGGGAGCAUGGCACGGUACCGGGGUUUGUGCAGCAGUGCAUCCAGACGGUGGAACAAAGAGGUUUGGACAUUGAUGGACUUUAUCGAAUAAGUGGAAAUCUGGCAACUAUACAGAAACUGCGCUACAAAGUGGACCACGAUGAACAUCUGGACCUGGAUGACGGCCGGUGGGAGGAUGUCCACGUCAUCACAGGGGCUUUGAAGCUCUUCUUUCGGGAGCUGCCAGAGCCGCUCUUCCCAUUCAGCUACUUUGACAAAUUCAUCACUGCGAUAAAAACACACGACCAGGCGAAGCGCAGCAAGUACAUCCGGGACCUGGUGUGUUCCCUGCCUGAGGCCAACCACGACACCAUGAAGGCUCUCUUCCACCACCUCUGCUGCGUGAUCGACUACAAGGAGCAGAACCGGAUGUCUGUGCAAAGCGUGGCGAUUGUGUUUGGGCCCACUCUCCUGAGACCAGAGACCGAGGAAGUAAACAUGGCAAUGCACAUGGUCUUCCAGAACCAGAUAGUGGAGCACAUCUUAAAUCAGUACAGCUACAUCUUCCCAGACAGCUAAGCCCAGCGGUGAGCCAGAGCCGACAGUGAAAGCAAGGAGCAGAGUCCCUGGGACGGACCGCGGCGGCUGCUAGUGUGUGACACUGAAUUGUCCCAGCCUGGACUACAGACAAUGGUGGCGACAAUCCUCAAUGAACUGUCAGUGCUGAUGCUGGGCUGCAGCUACCUGGGAUGACUUUGUGUCAUUGGCCACUGGAGCCAUGUGACCAGUGGGCCUCCUUUAGAGAUGGGGAAACAGAGUCAGAGAAAACAGUCACCAGAUUGGUCAUUCUGCACAACACUCCUGCUCGCUGGGGUUGGUACCAGGCUGUUCCCCGGGAGAACAACCCCAGGAGAGCACAGGGCCUCUGAGCUUUCGGCUGUCCAGCUGCUGAGAGGGGAGGGUCCACCGUGGGGCUGUGCACGUUCACUUCGCUGCAGGUGAAAGCAGCCCAGGCAGGUACCGGAGAAGGGGCUGGACAGCCUACCAGACAGUGAAGUGGGGACCAUGCUUACCAGCAUCAGCUGUCCGCCCCAUGCCUGCUGGAACUGCCAGCAAGAGCUGUGCCAGGGCCCCUCCCCCACACAGCUCACGCCACCCCCUGAGACCUGGUGCUGCGGCAUCCACCUCUGUGUGCACAUCUGCCCCUCAGCCAAAGCAGCCCGCGGGAGCACCGCCAAAUCCCCUCCCGCGACCAGAACAGCAUGUUAAACACGCCGCGCUGCGGCACCUCGGGCUGCGUGACACCUGGGCUGGAGCCCAGCCGGCCUCCCUGACACCUGCAGCCAUUGGGGGGCGGACCCUGAACACCCCGAGGUUGUUAUAGUGCUGAGAGGCCGAGACAGGUUUUCAAAAGAGCUCAGCUUCCAGGGAGAGCAAGAGCAGCCCCUGCCCCCCGUGGGAGUGGCUGAGCACUCCCCAUAAGCGCUUUGCUCCAGGCCCCCCAGCAGCAGCGUAGACCAUUGAGCCCAGGUCUCCACAGUCCCCCUCCAGGGCCGUGUCACCCCCAGCCUCGGCUGCGUUACUGAGAUGGGAGUGGGCUCUGGUGCUAAGACAGCUUGGAGCCAGCGCAUGCCAAGGAGGGGGCUGAAACCAACCAACCAACCAACCCCCCUUGAAAACUCCCCUUUUGGAAUUAAAAGGAGACCUCCCCCCACCCCUCGCAGCUCCCUCUCCUCCAGGGGAACAGCUCCAGCUCUGCCUGGUGAGGGGCUUAGUUCAAACUCCUCUGGGCGUCUAGCUGUUGGUGGCUGCAGAGGCCUUGGGCUGUGAGUUUAAAUGGCUCACAGGCUGUUUUAGUGCUUUGCCUGAACCUGCCCUGGUCUCCCUGCAGCAGGGUGCCCCGGAAGUGGCAGCGAGGCCGCCCCGCAGGGCUGCCAACAUUUCAAAACGUCGGCCAGGGCAAACCUGUGCAUGAGGAAAGGGCCUGGGGCCUCUGAGCCCCACCUGGGCCAGGUCCUGCACAGCUCAGAAAUACUUGCCCGCCCCAUGGCUGAAUAUCCAUGAGCCUGACCUAGGUCUCUGACUCCUCCUGCCUCCCUUUCUCUGCCUCCAUUGCCAAGAGCAUGUCCCUGAUGGAGCAGGGCUCCCCCCAGCUGCUGCCUCAGGACAAGGCCUGGACUUGUCUCCCACUCCUCCCGCCCUCUCAGACCCCCCUUUUCUUCUUCCUCUCCCCACCUGAGUCAUGCUAACAUCUUCCCCCUCCCGAGCCACCCUUCAGCACCCAUCCCCCACAGGCACUGCUGCCUUCCUCCCCACAAGCUUGCCCCCUCGUCACUGGAGAAUCAUGGGAGUAUGCAAGAGUCACGUUCAUUCCCAGGCAAGUCCUCAAGGCACAAGACCUGUCAAUGCCAUGUCUGUUAUUUGUGUUACAGUCACACCCUGUUCUACUAGGCCCUAUACAAACACAGUGCAGGCAGGGUUAGUGGGGAAAUGGCCGUUAUUUUCUGUGAAACAAGUUCAAAAUGUGAUGGAUUUUUUUUGUCAACGUUUUGUUUCCAUUGGAAUUAAAACAUAAUGUGUUUGGUUAGGGGCUUUUUUGUGCUCCUGCCCCUCCAAAACACAAAGAAGGGGAGAGGAAAGGUGGGGGGGCCCAAACACUGACAAGGUGUUGUUUUCAUUUGAAUUAAACUGAAUGAAAGAUU